CCACUUUUUCCAAUUUUCAUUCAUUUCCCCCAAUUAAAGCGAACAACUUUCUGCAAAAACCGAUGGAACAAAACAACCCCCAGCAGGGCGCCGCGCCGCCUCAGGCGGCGGCGUAUCCGCCGCAGCCGCCGUACCAGCACCUCCUGCAGCAGCAGCAGCAGCAGCUCCAGAUGUUCUGGACCUACCAGCGCCAGGAAAUCGAGCAGGUGAACGAUUUCAAGAACCACCAGCUCCCAUUGGCUCGCAUUAAGAAGAUCAUGAAGGCCGAUGAGGACGUGCGCAUGAUAUCGGCUGAGGCGCCGAUACUCUUCGCGAAGGCGUGCGAACUCUUCAUACUCGAGCUCACGAUCAGAUCGUGGCUCCACGCCGAGGAGAACAAGCGCCGGACGCUCCAGAAAAACGAUAUCGCCGCAGCGAUUACUCGCACGGAUAUUUUUGAUUUUCUGGUGGAUAUUGUGCCGAGGGAUGAGAUCAAGGAUGAGGCGGCGGCUUUAGGGGGAAUUGUUGGGCCACCGGCGGGUGCUGCUGGGGUGACGGGUGUGCCCUAUUAUUACCCGCCUAUGGGACAGCCCAUGAUGGGUCGACCUGCCGUGCCCGGGGUGGAUCCGGGUGUUUACGUGCAGGCGCCACCCCCAUCUCAGGCGUGGCAGUCCGUGUGGCAGACCACCGCGGAGGAUGGGUCGUAUGCCAGCGGUGGUGGGAGCAGUGGACAGGGCAACCUGGACGGUCAAGGUUGAAACAACUGGUAUACUUGCAAUAGAGAGUGGCACAAUGGAGAGUCAGUGAGUUGCUGAUGUUAAAUGGAAAUUUGUCUUCAAGAUGAAAGGGAUUCAUUGCACAUAUCCAUAAAUCUUGGUCUUACUGUAUUCCUUCAUGCUUCUAGAAAUUUGUGUAAAACUUGAUUUCGUGUAGGUGUUUUAAAUCUGUCAUGUGCGGAUCAUGUUUCCUGUGCAAUGAUACACUGAGCUAAGUUAUUAGAAGUGUCUAUCUGAUUUACCUCGGAACUUAAGCUUGAAUUAUCCUGUCUUUCUUUUCUUUCGUUCUCAGUUUUCUUUCUGCUCAUCUACAUUGUAUAAGAUCAGUACAAUAAUAGGCUUGUGUAAUUGAUUGACACUUGAAUGCAAAUGCAAUUUUGCUCUAA